ACUUGUUGACAAAGAAGGAAGAAAAAAGAGAGAGAGAUCACUUUGGAAACAACAAUGGCGAACAAAAGGACAAAUAUAUGCCACGUCAUCCCCUCCAUCCACCCCACGUACCUUUAUGUCAUUUCUCAAAGAAAAAAUCAGGGUCUUUAAACCUUCCAAUAAGUCACAUAUAAAACGGCGUCACAAAAAGAAGAUAGAAACUUCGAUAAGUUUUGAAGAAGAAAUGGAAUGGAGAGAAUGUUAUUUAGAUGUGAUCUUGGUGCCGCUAGGGCUAAUGGUGUAUGCAUCUUACCAUGUUUACUUGUGGCAUAAGUUACGUACACAGCCUCUCACCACUAUCAUCGGCACUAACGCUAGAGCUCGCCGUUUCUGGGUCGCUUCCAUCAUCAAGGACAACGAGAAGAAGAACAUCUUGGCCGUUCAGACGCUUAGAAACUGCAUAAUGGGGUCGACUUUAAUGGCAACAACAUCGAUCCUCCUCUGCGCGGGUCUAGCUGCGGUUUUAAGCAGCACAUACGCAGUGAAGAAGCCUCUAAACGACGCCGUUUUUGGAGCUCGCGGAGAGUUCAUGGUGGCUCUCAAGUACGUCACGAUCCUCACCAUCUUCCUCUUCUCCUUCUUCUCCCACUCUCUCUCAAUUCGUUUCAUCAACCAAGUCAACAUCCUCAUCAACACUCCUUUUCCUCCUGAGGAGUUGGAGGAUGAGAUGAUGAUGACGGCGGAGGAGUACGUGGCGGAGUUGCUAGAGAGAGGGUUUGUUUUGAAUACUGUAGGGAAUCGGUUGUUCUACGCGGCGUUGCCUUUGAUGCUUUGGAUAUUUGGACCGGUGCUUGUGUUUUUGUGCUCAGUCGUGAUGGUUCCUCUUCUUUAUAACCUCGAUUUCUUCUUCUUCGACAUGGCGGCUGCGAAGCUCGUCGCUUUGUUACUUCUUGCCUUGCUUUUCACCACCAGCGUCUUCGCCGAUGCUGAUGAGCCGGAGAUUUCUGAGGCUGCCGGAUCCGAUGGCUCUUCCAAGGUCCAACUGGAUCAGCUUAAUGCCAAGAUCCGUGUCCUAGAAUCCCAAAUCGAUGAGAAAACCCGGGAAAUUCAGGGCAAAGAUGAGGUAGUAGCAGAGAAGGAGAAACUUCUCAAAGAAAAGGAAGACAAGAUUUCUUCCUUGCAGACUGAAGUCUCAUCACUACAAAAAAAGGGAUCAUCAGAUUCUGCAAAACAGUUGGGAAAGGCUCAAGCGCGAGCUGCUGAAUUAGAGAAGCAGGUAGAGGUACUCAAAAACUUCUUGGAGCAAAAAAACAAGGAGAAAGAUUCCACUGAAGCUCGGACUAAUGAAGCUGAGAAAAAACUAACUGAACUAAACUCAAGCCUUGACAAACUUCAGAAGACAAAUGAAGAGCAGAAGAACAAAAUAGGAAAACUUGAACGUGCUAUUAAGAUAGCUGAGGAAGAAAUGUUGAGGACAAAGCUUGAGGCAACCACAAAGGCUAAGGAACUGCUGGAGGCUCAUGGUUCGUGGCUUCCCCCUUGGCUUGCUGUUCACUGGUUUAAAUUUCAGACUUAUACCGAGACACAUUGGGAGGCCCAUGGGAAACCUGCUGUGGAGACAGUAAUUCUAAAGGUGACGGAAGCAAAAGCUCAAGCUGAAAAGUGGGCUGAACCACAUGUUGAAAACGUUAAAACUAAAUAUAUUCCAGCCAUCAAGGAAACCGUUACUACACAUGUUGAGCCACACGUCCGAACACUAUCCAUCAAAGCUAAAGAGGCUUACCAUGCAUCAAAGAGUGCUGUUUCCCCUCACAUUGUCACGGUUCAAGAAUUUGUAGACCCCUAUUAUCAGGAGGCCAAAAAGUUCAGCAAGCCAUAUGUCGACCAAGUGGCCACGACCACGAAACCACAUGUUGAUAAAAUGAAGGUUGCCAUGAAACCUUACACAACCAAGGUGAUCAUCGUCUAUACAGAGUUCCUUGAAUCCGCCACAACUUAUCACCAUCAGGUCCAAGCCCAUAUCGAACGAAAACUGAAAGACCAUGAGCUGACGGAGCCUUUUGCUACCAAUGAGUUUGUUUGGUUUGCGGCCUCUGCAUUGUUGGUAUUUCCCAUCUUCGUUGCUUACAAAGUGCUCUGUUCUCUCUUCUGCACAAAGACAAAGAAACCUGUUAAACACCCUCAUCACCAUGGUCGUCGUAAGGCCAAAAGGGGUCACACUGACAAGUGAUAUUCAUUGUUCCACGCUCUCGAAAUAGUCGAGGUCACGAGGUUAAAACGCCAUUGUCGUUGGACUGUUCUAAGGUCAGGUCACCGGACAGGUUGCUUGUUGAAUGAAGGGAAAGUCUCGAG